CACCGGAUGCUCGCCGCCAUUAAUGCGAAGAAGAAGUAAAGGAGUCGCGAAGGGUUUUUUGUCGUGUGCAUUAAUGACAUUUUUCUCCAAGUAUGCGGUAAUCAGUAAAGUACGCAGUGUUUCCUCCUGCUGAGCACGAUGACUCAGAGAGUGCUCCCUCAGAGCAAAGAGACUCUGCUUCAAAACUACAACAAGAGGCUGAAGGAUGACAUCAGGUCCAUCCUGGACAACUUCACCGAAAUCAUCAAAACAGCAAAGAUAGAGGAUGAGACUCAGGUUUCUAGGGCGACCCAAGCAGAGCAGGACCAUUAUGAGAUGCACGUCAGAGCAGCCAACAUUGUGCGAGCUGGUGAGUCCCUGAUGAAACUGGUGUCCGAUCUGAAGCAGUUUCUGAUCCUGAACGACUUCCCCUCUGUGAACGAUGCCAUCAGUCUCCAGAACCAGCAGCUGCGCUCGCUGCAGGAUGAGUGUGACAAGAAGCUGACCUCGCUCCGUGACGAGAUCGCCAUCGACCUGUAUGAGCUAGAGGAAGAAUAUUACUCCUCCAGCUACAGUCAGUGGGACAGCACUGAUAUGCCGCUGUGUGAGGCCUACCGCCGCCGAGACAGCUGGGCCUCCGCGGGCAGCAGCUGCAGCUCCACACAGGGGGACAGAGAAGAUGUGGAGGGACCUCCUUCACAGGAGACAGUCCCCCAGCACCACGUCAACGGACACGGGACGUCUUCUAUAGAGAAACCAUGAGAAGAACCGAAACAAAGACUGGAACACUUUUGAAUUUCAGUGUAUUUAUGUACAAUUAGGUCUGCAGCCAUUUUUAAAUUUUGAUUUUGCUCAAAAUCUAAACUUUGAAUUCAGAACACAGAGGGCCCAUCCAUUUGUCUAGAAUACUUAAAAUGUGCUUUUUGGAUUUAUAUUCUAUUAAAAUAAGACACAAGGGAAGUUCUAACAUGUAAACAUUUUGGCCCACACAAUUUUUAUAUUCUAAUGCUUGACUUGACCAUAGUAAUGAAAAUAAGUGUGCUUUUUUCCUUUAAACUUGUUUUUCUUUCUUUUAUUGUUGCUUUAUUCCUUUUUUAUACCUCAAAGCACUGGUGACAUUAAAAGGACAACUUAAA